GAUCCUAAAGAGUUGACGGUGAAGAAAUAAAAUUCAUAAGCUGAAGAUUUCCAAGAAGAGACAUUGAGUUAAAGAAGGCUUUUAUAUUUGUCACAAACAUCAUUGCCUGUAAUGAAGAUCACGGCAGAGGAGAAGAUACAGCAAGGCCCUCUUGUACCACUGGAUCUGGAGUAGAGUUUUUUUUUUUUUAAAGGAAGUUAAAGUUAUUUACUUUUGUUUCAGUGUUUCAACUUCAUACUAUUUAUUUAUUUAUUUUUGGUUCUAGGGACUGAAUACAGGAAUUUGUGAAUGUUAGCGAAACACUGUCACUGAACUGUAUCAUCAUAUUCCUUUUACUAAGUAGACUCAGAGUAGAAACUACAAUCCGAUGGUAACCCAAAGGAUACACUAGUAUCCACUGUGGCAUUUUCCCCCCUAUUUUUGAAUCUGAAAAAGAGGCAAGAGCCACAGUCCUUCAUAAUGAACUAUACCAAAUGCAAUUUUAUGAUGUCAGUUUUGGGCAUUAUAACCUAUGUAACUGAUCUAGUUGCGGACAUUGUCCUAUCUGUUAGGUACUUCCACAAUGGACAAUAUGGUUUUGGUGUUUUAACCUUGGGCUUUGUGCUUUUUGGAACACUCAUAGUCCAUUGUUUUAGCUACUCAUGGUUGAAGGCUGACUUAGAGAAAGCAGGACAAGAAAAUGAACAUUCUUUUCUUCUACUUCAUUGCUUGCAAGGAGGAGUUUUCACAAGGUAUUGGUUUGUCUUGAGAACGGGUUAUCAUGUGGUUUUCAGACACAGCAACAGGACAAGGAAUUUCAUGGAGGAACAAACAGAUCCUCACAAAGAAGCAAUUGAUAUGGCCACCGACUUGAGCAUGCUCAGACUGUUUGAGACCUACCUGGAAGGCUGCCCGCAACUCACCCUUCAGCUCUAUGCCUUUCUGGAGCGUGGCCAGGCAAAUUUAAGUCAAUACAUGGUCAUCAUGGCUUCCUGCUGUGCUAUUUCUUGGUCAACUGUCGACUAUCAAAUAGCUUUAAGAAAAUCAUUGCCCGAUAAAAAUCUCCUCAGAGGAUUCUGGCCCAAACUCACGUAUCUCUUUUACAAGUUGUUUACCUUGUUGUCCUGGAUGCUGAGUGUGGUACUUCUGCUGUUUGUGGAUGUGAGGGCUGCUUUGUUUCUGCUGCUAUUUCUUUGGAUCGUAGGCUUUGUAUGGGCAUUCAUAAAUCACACUCAGUUUUGCAAUUCUGUAAGUAUGGAGUUCUUAUAUAGGAUUGUGGUUGGAUUCAUCCUUGUGUUCACCUUUUUUAACAUAAAGGGGCAGAAUACCAAGUGCCCAAUGUCUUGUUAUUAUACUGUAAGGGUGCUAGGCACCCUGGGAAUCUUGUCUGUGUUCUGGAUUUACCCUCUCUCGAUCUUUAACUCCGACUAUUUUAUCCCCAUCAGCGCCACCAUAGUUCUUGCGCUUCUCCUUGGGAUUAUUUUUCUUGGUGUUUAUUAUGGAACUUUUCACCCAAAUAGAAAUGUAAAAACACAACAUGAUGAAACUGAUGGAGAAGUACCUCAGAGAGACUGUAGAAUAAGAUAUUUUCUAAUGGACUAAGUUGUGAAUUCAUGGGAAAUGUUUUACUUUUUGUUUUGUCACCUAGUAAAGAAAAUGUCUAUCACA